AUGACAGGUCGAGUAAAGAAGGCAUGGAAUGAUACACCCAUCAAAUGGUCGCCUAUCCCAAUCGGACUGGGUCUCGCUUUUAUCACGUUUUUGCAGUAUAGGAAGGUCAUGGAGCGCGAGGCAGGACGGGACCCAAAUGUCACUAAAGCCGUUAUUGUUGGUCCUUGGCAUGUCCAUGUGAUCAGCGAGCUGCCACUGAAGACGAUAUCUAGAGCGUGGGGUGCAUUCAACAGCAUCACCCUGCCAAUGUGGUUCCGUGAACCAGGAUUUAAAUUUUACAGUUGGAUCUUUGGAUGUAACCUGGACGAGAUGAAGGAUCCCGAUUUGAAGCAUUAUAAGAACCUGAGCGAGUUCUUUUAUCGGGAACUGAAGGAUGGCGUUAGACCUAUCGAUUAUGAUGCAGCAUUGGCAUCACCCUCGGAUGGAAGAGUAUUCCAUUUUGGAUUGGUGGACGGCUCAAAGGUAGAGCAGAUCAAAGGCAUGUCGUAUUCUCUAGACCAAUUCUUGGGAGCACAAAAGGCGAGCGAUACUGCUGAGAUUAUCAAAGCGACGCAUUCUGCCAACAUUGUCGACGAGGAGGAGUUCGCAGAGGUCAACGGAAUCAGCUAUACACUGGACAGUUUGCUCGGACAUGACCAGCAGACCACGAUGGAGCACAAGAAGGAAGAUCUGCUUGGUAAUGUUGUCCCGGAUGAGGAGGCCGACCAAAAAUCAAAGUCGAGCGAUAGCCAGGAGCAAUUGAAGUUGCGUCCCGGGAACGCGCUUUUCUUCUGCGUUAUUUAUCUGGCCCCUGGCGACUACCAUCGCUUCCACUCGCCCACGAACUGGGUCGCGGAGACGAGGCGUCAUUUCUCGGGAGAAUUAUAUUCAGUCUCGCCCUGGAUGGUUAAGCAGUUGCAGGAUCUCUUUGUGUUGAACGAGCGCGUGGUGUUGCUGGGCAAGUGGCGCUAUGGAUUCUUCUCGAUGGUGCCCGUUGGAGCGACGAACGUUGGAAGCAUUGUCCUCAACUUUGAUAAGGAGCUCCGCACUAACACGAGAGAGGACAGACACAGGCGUGGCUAUGGUGAGCUCCUGUACAGUGGUGUUAGUCGCCUGUUGAAUGGUCAGCCGCUGCAUACCGGAAUGGAGAUGGGAGGAUUCAAGUUGGGAUCGACGGUUGUACUCGUGUUUGAGGCGCCAAAGAACUUCAAGUUUGUGAUUGAAGCGGGCCAGCGAGUCAAGAUGGGUCAGGCUCUUGGGCAGCUUGAAUAG